AAUGUGAAAGAGAGGGAGGGGGGUAAUGUGAUGGUGUUUUCCUCCUGCGUGCAUCAGUGAGGGAGAGGGGAGUGUGAUGGUGGUGUUUUCCUCCUGCAUGCAUCAGUAAGAUGUGAAGAUGGCGGAGCUGCAGAUGCUGUUGGAAGAGGAGAUUCCUGCUGGUCGAGGAGCUCUGCUGGACAGCUACGCCAACCUCGAGAGAGUCGCCGAGUACUGCGAGAGCAACUACGUACAGCAUUCCUGGGGGAUCCACAGAAGUGGGUGUGUAAGGAUCUGCACUUCUCUGUUUAGUGUUUGUCAUCCCUCAGAAAUAGAGUCCUAUAUGUAUCUGAUCAACACUCUCGCCAACAAUGUGCUCCAGAUGCUGGAUAUACAGGCGUCUCAGCUACGCCGCAUGGAGUCGUCCAUCAACCACAUCUCACAGACGGUGGACAUCCAUAAAGAGAAGGUGGCCAGGCGAGAGAUUGGCAUCCUCACCACCAAUAAGAACACUUCCCGCACACACAAGAUCAUUGCACCAGCCAACCCUGAGAGGCCUGUACGCUACAUCCGCAAGCCCAUCGACUACAGUCUGCUGGAUGACUUAGGCCAUGGAGUAAAGUGGUUACUAAGGUUUAAGGUCAAUGCCCAGAAUAUGAAAGUGGGUACAACUCCACGCACAGCUGCCCCGACCCAGAAACCACCCAGCCCUCCCGGCCCGGGCAAGGGAACCCUGGGGCGCCACUCCCCUUACCGGACGCUCGAGCCUGUGCGUCCACCCGUCGUCCCUAACGACUAUGUGCAGAGUCCAACACGAAACACCGCACCACCCCUGCAGAGCCCGGCUAGAACUGCAUCCGUUAAUCAGAGGACCCGCACAUACAGUAGUGGCAGCAGCGGCGGCAGUCAGCCCAGCAGUCGCAGUAGCAGCAGAGAGAACAGUGGGAGUGGAAGCGUGGGUGUGCCCAUCGCCGUGCCAACACCAGCCCCGCCCACCGCCUUUCCCGGUAUAACACCUGCCCCUCCCAAACCCCCCAACCUUCCCGUUAGCACCAACACCAACCCUGCUGCUGCAACUAGCACCCCCGCUCAAGGCAAUGGUCCUCACUUUUACAGUAUGAACCGGCCAAUGACACGGCACACCACGCCCUCAGUGGGAGGUUCCCUGCCCUAUCGCCGGCCGUCAUCAGUUACUGGACAGCCCAACAACAUGCCUCAGAACACAAAUCCAAACAUGAUCCAAAACCAGCUUAAUGGAGGGCCACACUACAACCAAAACCAAGCCCCAAUGGCCCCUCCGCCCCCUUCUAUUCUCCAGAUCACCCCCCAGCUACCGCUCAUGGGCUUUGUGGCUCGGGUUCAGGAGACCAUCUCAGACGCUCCUCCACCGCCGCCUCCUGCAGAAGAGGUGGAGUUUGAGGAAGCAACCCCGCCUCCACCUCCUCCAGAGGACUAUGAGGAUGAGGAGGGUGAUGAUGAGGAAGAGUCAGCGGUGGUGGAGUACAGUGACCCCUACGCUGAAGAAGACCCGCCAUGGGCCCCUCGCAAUUACCUGGAGAAAGUGGUGGCGAUUUACGACUACACGUGCGACAAAGAAGACGAGCUAUCCUUCCAGGAGGGGGCGAUCAUUUACGUCAUCAAGAAGAACGACGACGGCUGGUUCGAGGGAGUGAUGAGUGGCACCACGGGCCUCUUCCCCGGGAACUACGUGGACUCCAUCAUGCAUUACGCAGACUGAGCCACCGGGUGGCGCCAAUGCUCCCCUGUCCAUCAUCUUCCUCAUUCUUUUGAGCGCACACACAAACACAAAUGAAUUCAGCUACACUACAUCAUGCACAGGCUUGUUGCAGACAAACAGACUGAGAGCUGCAGGAAAAGGUGAAGAUUUUAACGGAAAAAACUGUUGCGUAAGAUAAAUACAUUAGGAACAUUUAUUCAUCUCUUAAUUUCAAUCAUGUAUCAGAAAAGUGUUGGUUUGCUUGACUUGUGUUGAUAGUGAUCGCUUUGCUUUCGCUCCUAUCCGUCUCUACUCUGGAGGAAUGGGUCUGACAAGUAGAAGGACAGUUGUACUUUCUCAUGUCAUCACGGAAUUGGAAGAUGGCCAUCACUUCUUAACCGUGUGCUGUCCACUGACCAGCAACUGACAGAAGCUUUUGCCAAGAAUGACAGAACAGGGAUUUUAUGCAUAUUGUUGUGCCAGGUAAUAGAGACGCAUGGAUUUCUUUAGUUUUUCAUUGUGUUGGUAGUUGAAUUUCGUUUAAACCGUUACAUUUUGAGUGCAGUUCAGUUUGAUAUCUUUAGCAGGAGGAUAUACCAAAGCAUUUCAGUGGCGUUUGGGACUGACUACAACCUUAAAAUACUUAUUUUUCACCAUUCCUUUACAUUCAUUGCUUUCCAAGAUUUUAUUGCUUGAAAUAUUUGCAAGUAUGUGUAUUCUUUGUAUGUAUGAUAAAAAGUAAAGAACACUAUUAAAUUGUUCAGGAAGUUGGUGCCAUAAAGAAAUGUUCGUAGAUGGUCAUAUUUUUGAACAUGAGGUUGUUUCUUGAAUCUCAAGUUCAAGUUCGUCUUCAGGAUGAACAUGUGUAUUGUGAUCUUUAACCUCCGAUUCAUCCCUUUGACCAACUGUGGACUUAAAGAUACGAGACUAUUCUAUAUGUAUGUUAUAUAUUGAUUUAUAUUAUAGAAAUACUAUUGUGUUGGUGUAUGACUGGUGUAGAGACAAGAGAACCCCAUUUAUCUGCAAUAACAAAGGCACAGUUAGAAAGUCCUCAGUCAACGAGCUAUAGAUUUUUAAAGCAAAGAGAGAAACGUGAUCUUAGGGAGACCUUAUAAAAUGUGAAGAACUGAUUUUUGAAUGAAGAGAUAUUAAACCGAAACCAGCCCAAAUUUUAAAAUCUCCUCGUACCCACAUGCAGAUAAUGUGGAACAAACUGUAUUAAUGCACAGAGACUUUUUUUAUCAAGUACUUUGAUGUCUAUAUGUAAGUGUGUGAGUGCAUAUGUGAGUGUGAAACCGAUUGAUUUCACUGUUUCUGGAUCAUUGGUGACUGACUUGCUUGUCUGUGUGCAAAUCUUUAUUUUCAAUGAACGGUCUGUGCUGAGGGUGUGUGAAUCGAGUCUUGCAUGUUGAUAAUUUCUGUGAUUUUCCUGCUGAUGGAGAAUAAACUGGAUAUAUCUGG